AUGGGCACCGCGUCGCAGGGCGGGUAUGGCUGCGCGAGCGAGGCAGAGGUCGUCAGGAUCCUGGAGCGUGUCGACCAAGGCGCUGGCGAGCGCUUCGUCCUGGGUUUCGGCGAUGCGGUCCCAAGCUUCGCGGACGGCCUGCAUGAGCCUCGUGGGGCGGUCUUCAGCGCUUCUCCCCUGCAGGCUUCGCAGCCUUUGGACGGUGGCGGGCGGGUCCAUGGGCCGGGCGAUGGCGGUGAGGUGCUGCAGCUUUCGGAUGCUCGAUCGGGAGAGGUCGAACGGAGACCCCGCGAGGUUUCACCGAGCCGCUGCGCUGAUUCCCACGCCUGGCGGGUCGUUUCGUCUCGUCACCGCACGCCUGCCGAGAUGACGCUGCUGCAGGAACUGCCGCCAGACUUCACCUUCGUCCAAUCCUCCUACCAGAGCCAGGUCCAGCUGCGCGGCGCCGUGCAGGAUGACGCUGGGGACGGGACCAACGCUCUGAGCCUCAGGCCCAACGAGGUAGCCGUCAUGGCCCUGAACGAGGUCGCGGUCGCGCGCGGUCGCGGUUUCUUCUGGCACUUGCCCAGCCGAGACCGUCUGAAGAAUGAUCGAAGCACGACGAACCAUGGCAAGCAGGGCAAGGGGAAGAGGGCCGGCGACGCAGCGGUGCCCCAGGACACUCCGCCGGACAGGAUGGCGGGCCCGGCACAGCGAGUACUCCCCCUCUGGCCUGACCCUGCCCACGCUGACGGACGCCGCAGGCCGAAUUUUCCCACGAUGAUGUACCUAGACCACGCCUGGAGCGACGCGGCGCGCGAGCGCUUCCGGAAGACACCCCACCGCGCGCGCUACCUGCUCUGCGACGGGCUCCUGAACCCGCCGGCUCGCGGCGCGGCGCCAGCGAUACACCGCAUCCAGUACGCCAGCCACACGCGGUACCAGCUCUUCGCGACGGACCAGCCCUCGCUCGUGGUUCUGCAAACUCACAAGGCGUUUUACGCCAUGUCGACGGAUGACUUGGACAUGCUACGCGGGCGGACGAAACACAAUGGGGUGCAGUUCUCCCAGACAUCGAAGCUGUGGGAUGACGACGAGCACCUGGUCGAGCGCUUCACCUGCCCAGACGCCCAGGCGCUCUACGCGCAGCUGACGAGCCUGUGCAUGGCAGGUCGCAGUGCUCCCGUGACCGCAGGGGAGCUUUCCCGGUAUACACCCAGGCCCGCCGCGCUGCCGGCGCCCGCUCAGCUCCUGGGGACGGUGCCGCUGGGCAGUGAGGGCAACAAUCGAUCCGGGCCCAAGUCGAGCAAAGGCUGCAUCAGGCAGCGCGCGAGGAAGUCGGGUGGGCCGAGCGAGGAGCCGGUGGACGAGCUUGGGGGCAUCUAG